ACCCUCUCGGGUGGGGGCGGGGCUCGUGUCACUCACUCCGCAUUUAGAGCCUUGCAGGGAACUCGGUAAAUAGUUCCUGAUAUUUAGGACGUCACCUGACAGGAAUGUCGCCUCUUCCGACCAGCGCUACGCGCAGAGUGGCUGUUUCUGUGGAUUCUCUCCCAUCAUGGCCUUGGGAGUAUACUGCUUCCGCCGGCUACACCCUGCCUUUUGCACUUACCUUGCUACUUUGACCAGACCUGUUUCAGAAGUUUCCAUGAAACCUGUGCAUGGAAGACAACAUGACCACAGGCAGUACUUAGCCUACCCAGCCAUGCCAGUUCGCCAGUUUGCAACCAAGAAAGCAAAAGCUAAAGGGAAAGGACAGCCCCAGGCCAGAGUGAACAUUAACACAGCCUUGGUUGAGGACAUAAUCAACUUGGAAGAGGUGGAUGAAGAAAUGAAAUCUGUGAUGGAAGCACUCAAGGAUAAUUUCAAUAAGACUCUCAACAUAAGGACUGCACCAGGAUCCCUUGAUCAUAUUACUGUGGUAACUGCUGAUGGGAAGCUUGCUCUAAAUCACAUUGGCCAGAUCUCCCUGAAGUCACCGCAGUUGAUUUUGGUGAAUAUGGCCAGUUUCCCAGAGUGUACAGCUGCAGCUAUCAAGGCUAUAAGAGAAAGUGGAAUGAAUCUGAACCCAGAAGUGGAAGGGACACUAAUUCGGGUACCUAUUCCUAAAGUAACCAGGGAACACAGAGAAAUGCUGGUGAAACUGGCCAAACAGAACACCAACAAGGCCAAAGAAAAUUUACGGAAGGUUCGCACUAACGCAAUGAAUAAGCUGAAGAAAUCAAAGGACAAAACCUCAGAGGACACCAUCAGGCUCAUAGAGAAACAGAUCAGCCAAAUGGCCGACGCCACAGUUGUGGAGCUUGACAGGCAUCUGGCAGCAAAGACCAAAGAACUCCUUGGAUGAAAGUCAGCAGUCACAUAUUCUGGUCAUCCCUUAGGUGACAAGCUGGUGCCUACCACUCCCCUGUCCAUCCAUCAGAGGCUCUCACUGCUGUUCCUCCACGGAGGCCCUGCCGACUCACCGAAUCUCUUCCUUGCAUAGUGUUGUUCUGCUUGGAGUCUUCUGGUGUGACAGCUCAGAGGAUGUCUGCUGUGGCAGUGACCUUGACUCUGAUGUCACCACAGACUGCUUCCUUGCAGACAGUGAUCAGACCCUGGACUAAGUGGGCCUUCACCCUGACUGCUGAUGAUCAAACUUAAAUAAAUUGGAAAAUAACAACUACAGAGGAGAGACAGAGUGGUGUGGGCGGGAGAGCCCCAGAACCUCUUAAGAAAGCAAGCCAGAGCAGUGUCUGGAUUGUCAUCCCACAUGCUGCCCCACAGGACUGUUCACUGUGGCAUCAGCCUCGCCCUCUGGGCAGUCUCUCUGCCUUCUGAUCUAGACCCCAUGUUGGGCUCACGGGCUCCUUGUAUUAAAUCUCUUUUUCUCCUCUGUUAGUCUGUAUCUUGACAAAAAUAACUGGAGAGAAUGACACCAACUGGCGCUUGAAGUUGUCCCCGUCUUGGUGUUGAGUAAGUUGGCAGCUGCUCAGCAAAGCUCUGCUUCUCUUUCUGUCACUGCACUCUUGUCCUUGUCAGUGUUGACUUGGUGAUGAGCUCCGUUUGCCCGGGGCUUGUCUUCCUGAUAGACAGGUGCUUUGUUGUGGCCCAUCUUUUUGCAUUUCUGUAUUUACACGCAUCUGUGUAUAUAUGCACACGCGCGAACACACACACACACACACACAUACACACACACACACACACACACACACACACACACACACACACACACACACACACACACACACACACGCCCAUGCUAUAGCACUCAUGUAGAGGUCAGACAACUCCUGUGAGUCAGUUCUCCUUUCACCAUGUGGGACCUGGGGCUAGAACUCAGACUUCAAGGCUUGGCACUCAACACCUUUUUCUGCUAAGCCAGCUCACCUGUUGUAGCAUGUAGUUUGUCUUUUUCUCCUCUCCCACAAUCAUCUUUUUCAUUUAUUCAAUUAAUAAUAAAACUAUCAUGAGCUGA